AAUGUGAGAACCCAUCAGUUAUUACGACCCCCCCGAUCGCUUCCGGUUCGUGUCCCCACGAAAGCUCGUGCACGUACAGUAGAGAGACUCUGCAUCAUCUUCUUCGUGCGUGGUCUCGAUGACGUAGUUGGAAAAAGAAGAAGAAGAAGAAGAAGAAGAGGGACGCGAGUGAUGGUACCGAUCACCACCUUCGUCAUCCUCCUCCUGUCUUUCGUCUCCCUCCUCUCGACACCGAGCUGGUCAACGGAUCCAUCCCGCAGCUACGAGGAUCAGACGCGGGACAUUUCCUCCGUAUUCUCGCCAAUGGGCUUCGGUUUCAUCCACCCGAAUGCCCACUCUUUCCUGUGAAGCGGCUCGAGUCCAAUCGGCGGUGACCUGGGGGCGGAGACUUUUGAUGGCCAGUGAUAAACGCGACCCGAUUUCGUCGGCCCCCUCAAGAAGAAACCCGACCCGCUCUCUUUUCUCCCUCGUAUGGGGCAUUGGUGACCCGAUAAGUUUGUUCCGUCCAAUCGAAAUUUGAAGUAGUCUUUUAAUAAUUUUGGGGCAAUCGAAGUUGGAUACGCCGCGUGCAGCGUGACGUCUUGUAGUUGCCCACUUGGUAGAACAACUUGUAUAAUCGCAAUUUUGCUUGCCCUUGAAGUGCAAAGGAGAUUGGCGAUGGCCAAGGAAUCCUCUCGCUUUUAGGGGUUUCGAGCUUUUUGGAGAUCGGAUUGCUGAGGUGAAGAUGCACCUAUGGCCGUCGACGAAGAUAAGGGACUCGUUCAAGUUCGCUAACUUGCAGAACUACGAGCGGAACCUCCGGAGGAUGAACAGCGAGAAGCAGUCGGCGGCGAUUAAGCAGAAACUGCUGCAGAGGGAAGGUGGCGACACCGAUCGGGAAGCAGCUGAAGGAGAGGCGUCGCGUUUUCGGCCUCCGUCGGCGAUCGGUUUGUGGGGCAGAGAUUUACUGGCGGUUCUCUCUUGCUUCUACUGUUGCUACACUUGGGAAGAUUGCGUUGAUCAAGAGUGCUGAUAUGCUGCACCACAAGGCAGUUCGACAUCCAAAUUCGAGCGUGGCAGGGUUCUGUCUUUCUGCGUUUUUCCCGUCUUCCUUCUUUCGCAGUUCCUAUGUCUGUAAAUAAUGCGUGCGUAGGGUGAGUUUACCAAAAACAGAUAAGUUUCCUCUUCCUCCUCCUCCUCUUGGUUGCUCCAGCAAAUUAGCUGGAAAUGGUGAUCAUUUAACUCCAUGCUUUGAUAUCGGAUGAACAUUGGUUCCAUUCUAGGUUGCCUAGA